GUGAAAUUGGGGCAUAAGGCGCAGUUUCCUUGGCAUCAACCAUUCUCUGCCGCCGCUCCCCCGAGAAGCGAUGGGUCGAAAGAGAGAUAAACCUUACCCUUCCACCCACCACUCUACGUCCUUCGCUAAGAGGCGGCGCCAUCAGCCGCCGGCAUCGUUGCCUGCGGAGGACGAUGAUGUGGACAAGCCCUUGCCGAAGCCUGCGCCGCCGCUUGCCCUAGUCGUCGUUGACCUUCCGUCACACUGCUCGGUGCUUGACUUGAAGUCCCGAUUUGAAAUCUACGGAUCCAUCUCCCGCAUCCGCAUCGACCGUGAUUGUGUUGGCUACAUCAUGUAUCGUACCAAAGACUCCGCUGAUGCUGCCAUGGCCGCUGCUCUCGAUCCCUCAUUCGGCUUCACCAUUGAUUCCAAAAAGGUUCAGGUAUUAUGGGCGAAUGAUCCUCAAGUGCAAUGGCGGCAAGGGAUUAACGUUGGUGUUAACAAGAACAAGGAAAUGUCAUCGAAGCUCUUGCGGGCAGAAGUGCCACUGAGUAGACAUGGAAGAGGCAAUAAGCUUGCUUCAACCAUUGUCAACCCCAGAAAAAGCAAUAGUUCGUCAAGGUCCGAUGAGCCUUUCAGGGGCAGGGAAGUUGUUGCUUACGAUGAUAUUCUCUAAGGUUAUAGAUUACUUCAUUAUUUGAUAGUUUGUCUGUUUGUUUGCUCUUUUUUGGGUAUAUUAUGGUGAAGUAUAGAUUGAGUGUUCGAGUGCAUAACUGUUUAUGCUAGAUUUCUCCCAAUUCCCCCUUAAUUCUUACGAGUUCAAGCUUAUUUAUGGUCCUAAAUUCAUGUGUGUGUUAUAAAUGUAAAUCUUCCGUUAAUACAAGGAAACUCUAGCUUCUCACCAAAGCUUUGUUGCAUAA